GCUCCCUGCGGGCGGGAGGCCGCGCCGUAGCCACGGCAACCGCUGUGCCGGGGGGGCACGGCUAAGCCGAGCGGGGACCCGCCGUGACACGGCUUGACACAGCCCCGGGGCGCCACACGGGCUGCAGAGCCAGCGGGGAGCCCGCGGGGGACGCACUGAGAGACACACCCGGGAACACAGCGGGCUAUCCGGGCUGCGAGCCCCACCGGGGCCACCGGCGGGGGACACCGUUUGCUACAGCCACCGGGCCACCAGCGGGGGAAAGGGCUUAAAGUUUGCGAGAUUCAUCGGAACACCAGCGGGACCAUGGCUGCCAUCGACGAGCGCACCUUCAUCGCCAUCAAACCCGACGGGGUCCAGAGGGGGCUGGUGGGGGAGAUCAUCAAGCGCUUCGAGACAAAAGGAUUCAAACUGGUAGCCAUGAAAUUAAUACAUGCCUCUGAGGACCUUCUGAGGGAGCACUACAUCGACCUGAAGGACCGGCCGUUCUACGAUGGCCUGGUGCAGUACAUGCACUCGGGGCCUGUCGUGGCCAUGGUGUGGGAAGGUCUUAAUGUGAUUAAGACUGGGAGGCUGAUGCUGGGGGAAACCAAUCCAUUUGAUUCCAAGCCUGGCACUAUUCGUGGGGACUUCUGUGUCCAAGUUGGAAGGAACAUCAUUCAUGGCAGUGAUUCUGUGGAAAGUGCUGAGACAGAGAUCAAUUUAUGGUUCACUCCUGAAGAACUGGUUGAUUACAGAAGCUGUGCUCAUGAGUGGAUCUAUGAUUAGCACCCAGCCUGGAUCUUCUGAUAUCCCCAUGUCCAUCAGCAGCUGCCAGCCUCUAGCUAUUCUGAAGAAUUCCCUCAUAGAAACCUCAGAAAACAGUGAGAUUGCUGUGUUGUGGAUGUUAAGUAGAGUCAGUACUUGCUGCUCCUUUGAUUUAAAAGCCAUCAAGUUACAGAUGGAAUUGCACAUUUUAAAAGCUGCUUCUGGGAUUGAGAGAUAUGAGGUGAAACAAAGAGCAGAUAACAGAUUUUUGGAAGCACUUUAUAGUCAUAGAAGGUAUUUUGGUAAACAUUACAAAAAUAGGUAAAAAUUUAUUUGGUAAAUAAAUAUGCAAAUGACUCAGAGUCAGAGGUUAACUUUGCUAAGACAUUAGAGGACAACUGAUGGUGUGAAAAUGCAUUAUAUAUAAUAUGCCCAGAAAUAAUAUGCCCAAGAAUAAUAUGCCCAAUGUUGAGGAUUUACUUUAUAUCAAGUCAAGCAUGUUCCCAUUCCUAAAACAGCUGCAGAAAAAAGCCCACUUCUCCCCCCAGAACAUGCUGUGGCCACAGAGAGCUCAGCUCUGGCUAAAAUAACAUCUGGCCUCCACACUGACACUGUUUCAAUUGCUCUUUUUUCCAUCUACAUGGGAUUUAUUUAGCAUUUUAAGAUUAAAAUUUAAAUUUAAUUUAGCAUUUAAAGAUUAACUGGCCAGGCUUUAUGAAAUGUCCUUUUAUGUGAAAAGAAGAUUAAUGUGAGGAUGGAUGAGGGAGAUUCUACCUUCAGCCACUUCAGUGCAGCAGCUCUCUGACAUUGCACAGAGCAAUAAGUGGUGUUUGCUUUGCCAGUUGAACAGCUGAUAAUUUAGCUUUGUUCUCUUUUAGUGUCCUUGUUGGGGUUAGGUUUCUUUUCUUUUGUUCCUUCUUACCUAUAGAAUUUCUCCCAUGAGUUGCUGCGAAAUGCUGACUGCUGGUACUUAUGACUACUUGAAAAAACAAAGGGUUGGCUGGGCCCAGGUAAAAGAAGGGCAGGGGACAACUACCCUCUCUCACUCUGCAGCUUCGGGUAGGAGCUGCUGCUGCUGAGAAAAGGGAUUUGCCACAACCCAGCCCGGAGCUCCUUCUCUUCUCCUUCUCCUUCUCCUUCUUUCUCCUUCUCCUUCUCCUUCUCCUUCUCCUUCUCCUUCUCCUUCUCCUUCUCCUUCUCCUUCUCCUUCUCCUUCUCCUUCUCCUUCUCCUUCUCCUUCCUGCCUUCCCUGUCAGACACCUGUCUUUCCAAACUGAGACAGUCCUUUAGUAGCUGGAGCUACAAAGCAAACGGUCCUUGGGUAAUUUGUUUCAGAAGUGACUUUGGCACUAUCAUUUUGUAUUUAUUUAAUGAUGUAAAGAAGUACAGUCAUAAAAAUGCAAAAGGUGUUUCAGUUUCAACAGCACAAGUUGUACUGGAUGAGGAAGUUGGCAUUGAUAUUAUGUAUUUAUUUCCCUGCAACAUUUUAUUCACUAAGAACAAGAGUUCUUUGGAAUCAGUUGCUCAAGCUCCAGGAUUUUUUUCCCCCCACACUGAGUUCUUAUAUCUGAAUACUGAACUAUGCAGUGAAUGUUGAAUUGAAAGCUUAUGAUACCUUAUCGUGAUAUUGAGCUCCUAAAGAGUGAUGGCACAAAAUAAAACAAUAAUUGCUGUUUCUUAAGUGAAAUAAAAUUAAAUUUUAAAUA